AUGGCACUCCGCAACCUCCUCGGGGCGUCCCACCACGACCCCGGCAACGAUGGCACGGACGAGGGCGAGGGCGAGGCCGGGAUGACUAUGCUCUGCCUCAUCUACUUCAUCGCGCUCUUCAUUUUCGUCUACGACAGGUUCAUCAAGAAGAAGGAAGACAAGAAGGACUUCUCCGAGGAGCUCGUGGACGCGAAAGCGUUCGCGGCCGCCAACGCCGAGGCGGACGGCAGUAAGAACGUGUACGAAGGCAUGACCGACGACGAAAUCCGCGACAAGAUCGCGCAGGACAAGUGGCUCAAGCCCUCGGCGGACGAGAAAUCGCCAGAGUACAGGGCGAAGUUUAUUCGCACCGCUUCUUUCGGGAAGCUCUCCAUCGACGACAAGAGCGCCGCGCGCGAUUUCCUCCAUUUUCUCGCCGGCGUCAACUGGUUCAAGGUGUUCCUCGUCGUCUUCAUCAUCUACUGCAUCUGGACGUUCCUCCUCGUCCUCAACAUCAUGGGCACCGGCUUCAAGCUUCUCGGCGGGAAAUCCUCCGCGAAGAUGUUCGACGUCGUCGACAACCCGAUCUCCGCCCUCAUGGUCGGUAUCCUCGCCACCGUGCUCGUGCAGUCCUCGUCCACGACGACGUCUAUCAUCGUCUCCCUCGUCGGCGCGAACGAGCUCUCCGUGAAGUACGCGGUCUUCAUGAUCAUGGGUGCGAACAUCGGUACGUCUGUGACGAACACCAUCGUCGCGAUGGGUCACUUCAACAACCCGGAGGAACUCCGCCGCGGCUUCUCCGCGGCUACCGUGCACGACGUCUUCAACAUGAUUGCGGUCGCCAUCUGGCUCCCCAUCAACUGGAUCUACCCCGUCUUCAAGGAGAUGACGUACGAGAUGGUCAAGGACAUCGACGCGUGCGACGACUCCGACGGCGACGACUGCUCGAAGACGGAGUUCCUCAAGCCCUACGUCUCCCCUUACACCAAGGGCAUCGCCGCCUACGACAAGAAGGUCGCAGACUUCGUCUCGCAGAACUACUGCAACGGCUACUGCAGCGAAUCAUUGACCUCGACACAGAUGAAAGCGGUCUCUGGCUUCGCGUGCACGUCCACCUCGGACUGCUCCAACUUCCACGCCGACUGGAAGGCCUCCUGGAUGGACGGCAGCAACCUCCUGAAAAAGCGCGCGCCGUUGGCCAUUAUGCAGGACGCCUCCGGCAAGACCACCUCCUACUACGAUUGCCCCACCGGUGCGGACUGCACGACCACCUCCUUCUUUCAGAGCGGCGUCGGCAGAACGUCCUUGACGGCCGGCACGUACUACAACGUGUGCAAAAGCUCAAAAAUGUCCACGACGAAGUGCGACGCUCGCCUCCUGAAGGGCGGUCUCGCGUACGACACCUGGGACAUGUCCGAUAGAGAAGCGGGCACGACGCUCACGAUCCUCUCCCUCGCCGCGCUCUGCGCGACGCUCUUCUGCAUCGUGUACGUUCUCCAGAUCGUCUUUAAGGGCCCCGCCGCGCGCAUGCUCAAGAAGGCUGUCGGGUACCACCCCUUCCUCAACAUGGUCAUCGGCUGCGGCAUCACGAUUCUCGUGCAGUCGUCGUCGAUCACGACGUCCACGCUCACGCCGAUCGCGGCGGUCGGCCUCAUCACCCUCGAGGAGAUGUUCCCGCUCACGCUCGGCGCGAACGUCGGUACCACCCUCACGGGCAUCAUGGCCGCGACCGUCGUCACGUCCAACCCGGUCGAGGCGUGGCAAGUCGCGUUGACGCACUUCUUCUUCAACGUCUUCUCGAUCAUCCUCAUCUACCCGCUUCCGGUUACCCGCGCGAUCCCGCUGGCGGCGUCCAGGUGGCUCGGCAAGAUGACCGCGAACGAGACGUACGGAAAGAUUUUCCCGCUCGUGUACACCGGCGUUGUGUUCAUGGCGAUCCCUGGGGCUGCCUACGGCAUCGCCGUCGCCGCGUCGUCAUGA